AUGGCGUGCACAAUUGAUCUGGGACAAUGCCUUUUACAAGACACGCCAUCGCAACUACACCUUUACUUUACAGCAAAAGCCAAUCUGGGCCAGUCAGGAGCCUUCACGUGCUCAACAAUCCAGUCAACACCACAAUGGCCAGAUCCCGAGACAACUUGGAUCAAAGAGGCCCCAAGCAUUGAGCUGCGUUUGUCGGUCCAUUUUGGCCUCGAGUUAGAGUUCCUUUCAUCACACUUCAUUCCGGAAUUGGAGAGUCGGUUGUGCAAUGCAGAUGUUUGGCCGGAGCUCGGGUUUACGGUGUCAUGCAAAAGCCGCAACACUAUCCAUACAAAUCCCGGCUACCCAGAACAACACUGCGUGACAUUGAGUCUGUGCAGACUACGCUCUCCCCUUUUUUCUGACCAAACUAGAUCCGUGCCCGUUGCCCUCCAAAAUUCACCCGAAAUUCCACCCCCACCAGGCGUACCUACCAUGAUUAUGAGUGUCAUCGAGAUCUCUCUCGAGUAUGCCUACUUGUUUCGAGAAACUUACAAGCCUCCUGAUCUGAGUAUUAGGUCUGACCCCGAAAAAAUCCCCCAAAUCGCAACAUCGCUUUUUACACCGCAUCCUGGCCCAGUGACAGAUCCCGAAUUGAGCCGAUGGAUGCCUUUGGACACUUUCGCGGAGGAUGACUGCCUACAUUGGGAAAAGAAUACUGCCUAUGAUCUUGAACCAUGUCUUGACUUGAUCGACUUCGGCUUACAGAAACUAAUCAUUUCCCCUGCGCCAAAGAUGCCCCGGAUUCGAGUACUCGGAGAAGACAGCCUCCAAAGCCUACGCAAGUGGGCACCUGGUAUUUUCAACAGAGAUUACCGCGGGACAUUGAAUCAACGUGCAGCCUCAAUUCCCGUCAUUGCAGGAGCGGUGGCCACAAUGUUCAAAAAAACUUCGCAUCCAAGACUGCAGGAGCAUAUUUCCAGCUUGCAGGAAGAUCUAAAGGAAUGGGUCGCUAGUAGUCUGUGGCGGAAGGCUCAGGCUCAACUCCCCAAACCAAGGGCCCGAAACAACGGAAGUCGCUUUUUCCCUUCGAACCAUUCAAUUGAUAGCCUGUCGUAUACUAACACUUCCUAUGAAGCUACCACGAGGUCAUGGAACGAGAUGGAUCUCAGUGGAGAAUUUCUUUUUGAUGCGAACGAACACUGGGACACAGAUAUCGGUGAUGAAGAUGAGGAGUUUGAUGAGUUCCCGGAAUGUAUGCAUUCAGAAGGAAAGGAGGGGUCUGAUGGACAACUUUUCAGUGAUAACACCGAGUCCAGUUUUCAAGAUCUGUACGAGUCAACUCAGACAACGCAAGCAACCCAAACAAUCUUGGAUAGCCUCCACGCAUCCCGUGAAGGAAUCUCGUCCCCACUUACAGAGGAUAUGCUAUUGAGUGAUUGUGGACCGGAAUGA